AUGAAUAUCAAAAUUGCAAUAUUUUUAUUGGAAAUCCUAAAUUUAUCAAAUUCUUCAAAAUCUGCUGGAAAAUUCGACGAAUUUCUGAUAUUAUCUGAAUUAUCCGAGAAUGCCACAAGACUUUGUGUGGAAUUUUUUGAAUCUGAUAAAUAUCGAUUUUUCGAGGAUAUACAAUCUGAAGCAAUUAAUCAAUUAAGAUUUGAGAAUCAAUUGAAAUUUGGGAAAAAUAUUGAGGAAGGUGAUGAGAUUUAUAUCGCUUUUGAAAUGUGAGUUGAUAAGAAAAUCUAGAAUUUGAAAAUUUAAUUUUUUUGAUUUUCCAGACAAAAUCUGACAAUUCCAUCUUCAAUUCAAUUUCCAGUAUUAUCAAAUGAUAAAUAUUUUGCAAAAAUCGAAAUAUCAGAUUUAAAUAUUGAAUUAUCAAGUUAUGUUGAUAUAAAAGUUCCAUCAAAAAACAUCAAAUUCGAAUCGAAUUCUUUGAAUUUUUAUGAAUUUAAUAUUCGAUUUUCCGAUGGCAAAAUAUAUUUAUCAAAUAUUGAAAGCGGCAAAAAAAUAUUGAAAUCUGAAGUUGAUCUAUCAAUCAAACCACAAUAUUCUUCAAAUACUGUGAAAAUUCAGAAUUUAUUCAUUUUCGAUAUUAUUUAUCAUAAUGGCUGUAAUAUAAAUGGAACUUAUUAUAGAAAUCUUGAAAAAUAUCGGAAUUUUAGUCGAGAAACGCGAAAAUUUGAGAGAUCAGUGUUGGAAGGUUUGGGAAUAUUAUCUGGUAGAACUGGAGUUCAUAAUAUUUCUCUAGCUUCAAAAUCUGAUUGGUCCGAAGAAUUUAUGUUUCAUUUACUAUUUGGAAAUUCCAAAGAGAAUCCAUCAUUUUUUCAAAUUCAGUAUAAAAAUGACGAGGAAAUUGCUUAUGAUUAUAAAAUCGAAAAUAAUACAUUGAAAAUUGGAUAUCUUGAAAAACAUUGGAAAGUUUAUGUUGUGAGUGCUAGUUGGGAAAGUGAAUUUCUACAUGAAACACCAGAAAAUGUAUCAGAUUUAGACGAAGGAUUGAGUCUAGUCUUUAAUGAUACAAAAUCAAGAAGUUAUCCGGUUCAAAGAAGUGUUUUGGAGGGUUCAAAAGAUCAAAUUAUUAUUAUGGAACAUUCACAUCCUUGUAAAGAUGGAUAUAAUUGUAAAUAUGCGAAAAAUGAAAUAAAAAUAAAAAUUGAAUCAAAUUCAAUUUUUGGAUUUCGAUAUUUGGACAAGAAAGAUUAUCUAAUCAAUUUCUGCUUCAUUUCUGAUUUCAAAAAUCGAAAUGAAAAAUCUUUGCCUUUUUAUAAAAAUUGCAAAUCAAUCGAUAAUCCUUUGUAUUUCGAUUCUGAAUCGAAAUCAGUUAUUGGGGGAAUAAUAUCGAAAAAAAUAUCCAAAAAAUCUUCAAAAAUAAUGGAAUUUUCGAAUAUUCAGGUUGAAUCGAAGGAAAUCGAUAUGAUUCUGAAGAAAAGAAAUGAAAAAUCAGAAUCUAUCAAAGAUUGUAGGUUGAUUUAUGGAGUUUUGAAUUCCAGAAUCAAUAUUUUGCAGAUUCCGUGAUUUUGAGUGUUCUUGGAAGUUUGACAGUGAUCACAAUCAUUAUUCAAAUCUUCAAUUUCAUAAUUAUGCAUACUUUUUUGUUCUCAUUGAAAGGAAAAUAA